AUGAGCAAGUUCAAAGUAACGUCGGAUUUCGUAAUUAACGCGUUGUGCACUGUGACUAUUGGUGCCGGUACUAUCGAAUAUUGUUCCAACAUAAUCUUUAAUGGUUAUCAUGUCAAAUACUUAAAAGAAGCAAACAAAAAUAAUCAACCUGUUCCAUUAAGUGAAUCUCUUCAAAAACAACACGACGAUGUGAUUCAUGAUUUAAAGUUGACAGAUUUUAAAAAAGCUUUUGUAAAACCUUUUACUGCUAAAGGCAUUUAUCCAGUAAAUGUCGGUUGUUUGAAUACCCGCAUGGGAAGUUAUAUAGGAAUUCCAAGCAUUUAUGAUCUUAAUUCUGUAGACGAUAUUUCAAAUCUAAAUAUUGCAGAUUUAAAUCUACAAAAACAAUAUACAAAACUUAUAAACGACAAGUCUGAGUUUGGUCAACAAUUUCUGAAGUCAUUAAUCCUUAGUGAAGCUGCCAAAAAAUAUAGUAUUGCUCGAGAAUUGAUGCUUACAGACAGUCAUCGAAUAUUUAUUAAAUCUGUUUUAUCUGCUGUAGUAUUAAUGCCAAUGUAUGCUUUGGGAAGUUAUGUAUAUAACGGUUUGCCACCUAAUCCAGCUAGAGUUAGGAUGUUAGCGCUUGUUUUAUUAAGUAAUAUAGGAGUAUUAGUAUGGUUUUUUGCACGCACUGCUACUGAGAAUUUUUAUCAAAAAAAAGCUGAUGAAAAAGUAUGUGAUAUUGGUGAAGAAUACAUUAAGGGUGGAAUAGAGUAUUAUGAAACAAUAAUUCAAAGAAAUCUAGCUUUAAGAAACAUUUUACCUGAUGGUGAAAACAUGUAUUCUAAACAAGGAGACCAAAUUGAAUUUAUUUCAGAAUUAUCUGAAUUACCCAUUACAUACAGAAAAAGGUAUCUUGAAAAUAGAUUAAAAAAUGUAAUCAAUGAAAACAAAGAACCUUCAACAUAA